GAAUGCAUCCUCUCCGGGAUCAUGUCGGUGAAUGGAAAGAAAGUCCUUCACAUGGAUCGUAACUCCUACUACGGAGGGGAAAGCGCAUCCAUUACACCCCUGGAGGAUCUCUACAAAAGGUUUAAUCUGCCAGGAACUCCACCAGAAUCUAUGGGGCGAGGAAGAGACUGGAACGUGGACCUAAUUCCAAAAUUCCUUAUGGCUAAUGGUCAGUUGGUAAAGAUGCUGCUCUACACAGAAGUCACUCGCUACUUAGACUUCAAGGUGAUCGAGGGGAGCUUCGUCUACAAGGGAGGAAAGAUCUACAAAGUUCCUUCCACUGAGGCAGAAGCCUUGGCGUCCAGCUUAAUGGGCUUGUUUGAGAAACGCCGGUUCAGGAAAUUCCUCGUGUACGUUGCCAACUUUGAUGAGAACGACCCCCGAACUUUCGAAGGCGUCGACCCCAAGAAGACCACCAUGCGCGACGUGUAUAAGAAGUUUGACCUGGGGCAGGACGUUAUAGACUUCACGGGCCACGCCCUCGCGCUCUACAGGACCGACGACUAUCUAGAUCAACCGUGCCAGGAAACAAUCAACAGGAUUAAGCUCUACAGCGAGUCGCUGGCUCGGUACGGGAAAAGCCCGUACCUUUAUCCCCUCUACGGCCUUGGAGAGCUGCCCCAGGGAUUUGCAAGGCUAAGCGCUAUAUACGGAGGCACCUACAUGCUGAACAAGCCCAUCGAAGAGAUUGUGAUAGAAAACGGCAAAGUGGUUGGCGUCAAGUCCGAGGGGGAGGUCGCUCGCUGCAAACAGCUCAUCUGCGACCCCAGCUACGUCUCGGACCGCGUCACAAAGGUCGGCCAAGUGAUCCGGGUCAUCUGCAUCUUGAGCCACCCGAUCAAGAACACGAACGACGCCAACUCCUGCCAGAUCAUCAUUCCACAGAACCAGGUCAACCGGAAAUCAG